CACUUCUAAGAGAUUACGCCCAUUUGCCCUCGUCUCCCUCCCGGCCAGGAGACAGGCGCGGCCGGCCUGGCGCCGCCGCUCCCUGUCGCGGUCCUCCUGAGGCAGCGAAGCUUUUUCCUCCUUUCAGCGCGGGCCUCCUCUCCGGCCAGCUCUCGCAGCGCCGCCGCCCCUGCGCAACGCCUGCAGCCCCCGAGGCGUCCCCUGUGCCUUUCUCUCCGAUCACCGGGGGGAGAGAUGCCGCGCGACCGAGACGAGCCGCCCGCGGUGCGCGUCUACACCGUCUGCGACGAGUCCAAGUACCUGAUCGUGCGCAACGUGCCGUCACUCGGAUGUGGCGACGACCUCGCCAAUCUCUUCGGGACGUACGGCCCAGUGGAGGAGUGCAAGCCCAUGGAUGCCGAGGAUUGUGAACCCUACACCGACGUCUUCUUCAUCAAGUUCUCACAUGUCAGCAACGCCAGGUUUGCAAAGAGGAAGCUCGAUGAGUCCGUGUUUCUUGGUAACCGGCUGCAGGUGACCUAUGCGCCUCAUUUUGAGAGUCUUCUCGAUACCAAGGAGAAACUGGAAGUUAGGAGAAAAGAAGUCCUUGGCCGAGUAAAAUCAUCUGCUGCCAGACCUGAAGGGACUUCUCAGUAUUCUCUACCUCAGGGAUCAUCUGGUGGAAAUCACCAUCAGAUGAAUUCCAACAAGAGGGAGUAUGUAAAGACAAUUCAUGCUUCUCAUAUCGAUGAUCCUCGUUUCAGUCACGUGCCCUCUAACAAGGAUUAUUUUCCAUCUGAGUCGAUGAACGCAACUGUAAAGCUUGUCAGAGAGAAGCUUGAUAAGAUACAAUCUGGUGGUGAUAAUUCCAAUGCUGCACCUGCAUCCAAGAAACCAAGAGUAGAUAACCGCAGGCGAAUUUGAUAUCACUCACUGAAAGUUUUGUCUUAUUUGUUACUUUUUUUACUUUUGUCCAUUUUCUAUUUCAUUUACUAGUGGGUUGUUAGCCAUCUACUCCUAUGUUACAAGGGAGUGUUGUACUAGUAUAGGGUUAGUGUAAUGGCGACUCUGUUGUAAUGCUUUGCUUUUAGGCUUCUCGAGCUGUAAUGUUAGCAAUUUAGCAUUUGUAUGAUGACCGACCUUAUGGGUUGUUAGCCAUCUAGUUUUUUUUUCGAUCAAUUACAUCAUAAUUGCCAUAUCUAUAUUGACGUCGCUACUGGUUACAACUUACAAUGAGAGAUCAUCGUUGAGACA